UUGAACCAGUUAGAAGAUUUUUUGUCAAGCUUGGGUUCUCCGCGGUCGUUCUUCCUUUUGUUUUGGAUAGGCAUGAAGAAAAACUCAGCUUCCUGUACAAUUCACGAGAAUGAGUCAUUUUCUGCUGAAACAAGAAGACAAUACCAACACGUUGUCACAGGACAAACAAGAGCACAGAAUCAUUCUCUGAGAUUGGCUGCUCUUACUUCCCAAAAUACUCCACCUAUUCUACCUGUCCUUUUUGUUGCUUUCCUCUUUCUUGUUUCUCCAAUUAGCCCAGUCUUGUCUCACCCCCUACCCUUCAACCAAACUCUCAGAGUCAGAGCUCUUUUAAGCAAGAUCAACAAGCCUUCUUUGAAGACAAUUGAGAGCCCAGAUGGGGAUUUGAUUGACUGUGUUUUAUUUCAUCAGCAGCCAGCUUUUGACCAUCCUGAGCUUCAAGGACUAAGACAGAGACUGUUGGAUUCGCCAGAAAGGCCAAAAGGCCACGACAAUGCAGAAACAGAAUUAGAAAGCUUUCAGCUGUGGUCAGAUUCUGGUGAGUCAUGCCCAGAAGGAACCGUUCCAAUCAGGAGAACAAGAGAGGAAGAUAUUCUGAGAUCAAGUUCCAUUCAGAGAUUUGGGAAAAAACAUGGUAGGAGUGUACGGAGAGAUUCGUCCGCCAGUGGCCAUGAGCAUGCAGUGGUUUUUGUGAAUGGAGAUCAAUAUUAUGGAGCAAAGGCAAGUAUAAACGUAUGGGCACCCCAAGUGACGAAUCAAGACGAAUUUAGCUUGUCACAGAUAUGGGUUAUUGCUGGAUCCUUUGGGAAUGAUCUAAAUACCAUAGAAGCUGGUUGGCAGGUGAGCCCACGGCUAUACGGAGAUAAUAAUCCAAGGUUCUUCACUUAUUGGACAACGGAUGCAUAUCAAGUGACAGGAUGCUACAACUUGCUGUGCUCAGGAUUUGUUCAAACCAACAAGAAGAUAGCAAUUGGAGCUGCAAUAUCCCCAAGAUCUGUAUAUAAUGGAAGACAGUUUGAUAUUGGCUUAAUGAUUUGGAAGGAUCCGAAACAUGGGCACUGGUGGCUGGAAAUCGGGUCGGCCGGGCUAGUCGGGUACUGGCCGGUGAACCUAUUCAGUCACCUGAGGAAGGAGGCAGGCAUGGUGCAAUUUGGUGGGGAAAUAGUGAACUCAGGCUCAAAGGGUUACCACACAAGCACUGAAAUGGGAAGUGGUAACUUUGCAGAAGAAGGUUACAGAAAAGCAGCAUAUUUCAGGAACUUACAAGUGGUGGAUUGGGAUAAUAGUUUGCUUCCUCUAUCCAACAUUCAUCAGUUGGCUGAUCAUUCCAAUUGCUAUAACAUCAGAUUGGGAACAAACAAAGUUUGGGGCACUUACUUUUAUUAUGGAGGCCCUGGAAGGAAUAUCAAAUGCCCUUGAUGGAAAAAUCACUGUUUAUGUUUUUGAAAUUUUGGGGUCAUAGUUAUACAUUGUUUUGCCAUUCAAAAAAAAAAUCUUCAUUUGGUUUGUUGUUCUGUGUUGUUCCUAUUUUUUUCAGCAAAACCCACGAAGAUUAAGAUUUAGUUUGGUUGGUGAGAGAUAUGUAUACUAUAAUGUGGACUUUAGCCUGUCAAAUUCAGGCAAUCUUAGUAUGUAAUGUUUAAAAGCACAGGAUUGUGGCUCUUCCAAUUCCCCUUGUUUUAAAGCUGGCUUUAAGUGGCUUUACUAGUACAUGAAUA